ACAAGGUAUGUUGUCAUUUCAAAUUAUAAAAAAAUAUAAUGGUAAUUUAGAUUGAAUUGCAGAGAAUUGUGUAAUUGAAAAAUAAGAAUUGAACGUUAUCAAUUGGAAGAUGUCUAUAUCGACAACUAACUUAAAUAAAUACAUUGUAUGAGGCAAAAAGAAAGGAAAGUAGGCGUUCAAUCUAAUUAGCUCAGGUCGCAUCAAGGAACGCUCAAGAAGAAUUGAAUAAAGCUGAAAGAUUAAUUUGUUAGUAAAAGAAAAACUUGGAGAAAAGAGGAUUAAAGACAUAAAAAUGAUGCUUCAUAGAAUCUCUGGCAUUAGGCUGAAGUAUUGAUGUAGAUUUAAUAAGGUAUCUGGAAGAGAUAAGACAAAGUACAAUAUGUUGAUUGUGCAAGAUUGUGCUAUUCUACUUCAAAGAGAGAACACACAGAUUUACGACAUCACGAAUCAUGAAAGGACAAAAAAGAGCGCAUAACUAUUACAAGGAAGUACACAAGGGUAAUACUUAUUGGAAUACAGUUGGAAAACACUAAGAUAAUUCAAUUAGGAAGAUUUACAAACUUCUACAUUGCGUUUGGACUUAAUUGUAUUGGCACAAGUCGGAAAUAGUGUUUUCAUCAUCAAUUCAGCAUUAAUUUGAACAAACCGAGCCUGAUGUCUUCAUAGAUUGUUACGCGUAUUGCCCAUUGCCCAUGAGAACAAAAGAAAUACUUCAAACAAAUCAACGGAAAGACAAAGACACAACAUGAUAAAGAUUCCCCUGCAAUGGAUGGCGCGAUGAUGGAAAACCUCAAGACAACAACAGAGAACAUUGAACUAGGCGGUAUUGUGCUUCUUGGCAGUACAGAAACAAAUGGGGUUUAUAAUAUUUCCACUGUAUUGAACAAUUCAACAAAUGGAACUAUAGAUGGAUCACCCCAGCCAUAUUUGCUUACUUAUUCUAAAGUUCUCUUCAGUGUCUUUUAUAUUGUUCUCAUAAUUGUGGCAGUGGGAGGCAAUGCUAUGGUAUGCUAUGUCGUUUGCCUUUAUCCAAGUAUGCACACGGCCACCAAUUACUUUAUUGUCAACCUGGCAUGCAGCGAUAUUCUCACUGCUAUAUUAUGUAUCCCAUUUACAUUUAUAUCAACAGCUCUGAUCCACCAUUGGCCAUUUGGAUCCGUAAUGUGCCCAGUGGUAUUUACAUCACAAGUUGCAGCUGUUUGUCUCAGCGCGUUCACCCUCGUGGCGAUCAGUUUGGACCGAUUCAUCGCCAUCAUCUUCCCGAUGAGGCCACGUAUGACCACAAAGAUUUCACUCGUGAUUAUAGCAUUGAUAUGGCUAUUCGCUAUAGCUGUAGCGAUGCCCAGUGCUAUCGUUGCAAAGAUAAAGCAUGAGGAGGGUAAAGACUACUGUAGAGAGCAGUGGGACUACCCUCAACAACAACAAUCAUACAGCCUUGCGAUACUGGUGCUGCAGUAUUUCCUGCCACUGUUCCUGUUGGUCUUCACCUACAGUUGGAUCGGCAUCGUUGUGUGGAGAAAGAAAGCACCUGGUGAGGCGGAGGACGUUAGAGAUCAGAGGAUGCAGGCAGCCAAACGUAGGAUGAUCAAGAUGAUGAUAAUGGUUGUUAUCAUGUAUGGCUGCUGUUGGUUGCCCCUACAUACGAUCACCUUAAUUGGAGAGAAAAGUCCGGGAAUAUGGCAAAUAAAAAAUAUCAAUGUGAUAUACAUGGUAUUUCACUGGAUAGCCAUGAGUAACAGCUGUUACAACCCCAUGAUUUACUUUUGGAUGAACUCAAAAUUUAGAAAUGGUUUUCGCUAUGCCAUGCGGUGGUGUCCAUUUGUUAAAUUUGAUCCUGAUUGUGAUGAUAUGCCAGGCCGAGGUCAUGUCAUGUCCUACGUGUCUCAUAAUAAGAAGGCGGCCUCCAACGAGAAGCACAAUAAAAAGCACAAACACCAGCUUGAACGACAGUCCACGACUGUUAGUUACUGCACCCCUGAGCAUGUACCGCUGCGACAGUUCGAAUCAAAUGGUAAUGCUAAUGAAGAAAAUGCUUGAGGGAUCCCCGAGCUGUCAGACAACCAUGGAGAAUUUCUGUUUUGAAGAUCUAAACAUUGAUGGUAUAACCUAAGUCGUAUGCUUCUAAAUCCACCUCAGACUACGCUUCAAAAGUUAUAAAUAAACGAUUUCAUAAAACAUUUUUGAUAACGAUGUCCAAACGAGACCUGUCAGUCAGGGUAUUAGUUUGGACUACUGAAAAUAUGAAUUUGCCAGUUUUCUAUCAGUAUUCAAUCUGUGAAAAGCAACAUAAAUCAAUCGGAAUUGCCAUAUGGAUGAGACGUCACCAAUAGCAAGUCACAUUCAAGUAUAAAUGGAUCUUGCUUUCUUUGAUUAGUCUUUAAAAGUUAACACAAAACUGAUAACUAUAAACAUUAAAAAAUAUUCCAAGUUGUGGUUAGCAAAACUCUUGGAGACUCAAAAAUAUUUGGAACUUUGGUGAAUUUCACAGCAUAUGAAUAAUAUAACAUUCCUAGAAUAUACAAAGCGUUUCAAAUUAAGUGAACACCCCGAAUAUGUAUCGGUGCUUUUGCUUUGUACAUUUGCAAAAUGUUGUAACAUCCCACCACGGAUUUGUCUCUCAUCAGUUCGGCCAUCUCGCCCAAGCGGACAGUAAGAUCUAAGAAUACAUUAAUUUUAGCCCACGACCAGAACAUGUUGACAGAACUGUUAGAGAUCCAAACCUAUUGACCUGUCCCAUUUAUUUAGUUGAAAUAUACAUCAACAAAUGUACUUUUGUUAUGUUUUGUUUUGUAACAACAUUUAAAGUACAACGUUUUGCAACACAAUUU